AUGGCGACCCAAAUGAGCAAGAAGCGAAAGUUUGUCGCUGACGGAGUGUUCUUCGCCGAGUUGAACGAGGUUCUGACCAGGGAACUCGCCGAGGAUGGCUACUCCGGCGUUGAGGUUAGGGUUACACCUAUGCGCACUGAGAUCAUCAUCAGGGCCACCCGCACCCAGAAUGUCUUGGGUGAGAAGGGAAGGCGUAUUAGGGAGCUGACGUCGGUUGUUCAGAAGAGAUUUAAGUUCCCUGAGAACAGCGUUGAGCUGUAUGCUGAGAAGGUGAACAGCAGAGGUCUUUGUGCUAUUGCCCAAGCUGAGUCUCUUCGUUACAAGCUGCUUGGUGGUCUUGCUGUUAGAAGGGCCUGCUAUGGUGUGUUAAGGUUUGUUAUGGAAAGUGGUGCCAAGGGAUGCGAGGUCAUUGUUAGUGGAAAGCUAAGGGCACAGCGUGCUAAAUCCAUGAAGUUCAUGGAUGGUUACAUGAUCUCAUCUGGACACCCAGUGAACGAGUACAUCGACUCGGCUGUGAGACAUGUCCUCUUGAGACAGGGUGUUCUUGGUAUCAAGGUCAAGAUCAUGCUCGACUGGGAUCCCAAGGGUAAGCUUGGCCCAACAACUCCUCUCCCUGAUCUUGUCACAAUUCACCCACCAAAGGACGAGGAAGAGUACCUGAGGGCAGCUUCUAUGCCUGCUCCAGUUCCUGAGGCCGAGAUUCCUCCCCCUGUUCCCGUUGUUGUUGCUUGA